GCACCCCCGGCAGGUUCAGGGGUGGGGGCAGAGAGUCUGUGGGCCGGGGGGAGGAGGUAGGGGAGGCCCUCAUUAACACACACCCCACCGUAUUUCCCAUCCAGUUGUGGUGAAGAUGGCCCCGAGCGAGAAGAAGUCGUGCGGGCAGGUGGUGGACGAGUGGACGGCGUUUCUGUGGAACCCCCGGACCCAGGAGUUCCUGGGUCGCACCGGCAGCAGCUGGGCCCUCAUCCUGCUGUUCUACGUGGUGUUCUACGCCUUCCUGACGGGGCUCUUCAGCCUGACCAUGUGGGUGAUGCUGCAGACCGUGGACGAGUACACCCCCAAGUACCAGGACAGGAUCACAAACCCAGGUCUGAUGAUUCGGCCCACAUCUGAGAGCCUGGUGGUGGGGUUCAACGUGUCCCAGAGAGCCUCCUGGCAGACGUAUGUCAACGCCCUCAACACUUACCUGGACCCCUACAACGACAGUGUGCAGGUCUCGACCAAUGACCGGUGCAAGCCAGGGAGCUACUACCUGCAGGAGGACAGCGGGGAUGUGAGGAAUACGCCCAAACGUGCCUGCCAGUUCAACCGCACCAUGUUGGGCCAGUGCUCGGGCCUCGAGGACCAGACCUACGGGUACAGCGAGGGCAAGCCCUGCAUCCUCGUCAAGAUGAACAAGAUCAUCGGGUUCCUUCCUGGGGAAGCGAUGACUCCAUAUGUGUCCUGCACCGGAAAGACCAGAGAUGUGGAUAAAGUUCACAAGCUGAGGUACUUCCCUCCCAACGGAACUCUGGACCUGAUGUACUUCCCGUACUAUGGGAAAAAGGCACACGUGAACUACACCCAGCCAGUGGUGGCCGUGAAGUUCAUGAAUGUCACCACCAACGUGGACAUCACUGUGGAGUGCAAAGUGCACGGCUCGAACGUGAGGAAUGACGACGAACGAGACAGGUUUGCCGGCAGGGUGGUCUUCACACUCAAUGUCGGCCUGAACCCACCUGGCUCCCAAUAACCCACUGCCCCAGUUGUGGUGUGGGCAGGUGGGGAGGAACUAUCGCAGGGUUAGGAGGGGUGGCUGGGAGAAUCUUUCACGAACUGCGUUUCAGGUUGAAUCUGGACGGACGGUCCAUUCCUACCCCCAUCUGACCCUAACUUUGGACAUCUGGACACUGGUAACAUCCCACAUCAGAGGGGUUGGUUUAAAAUCCGAGUCCCAAGUCUGAAGUCACUUCCUUCUCCCAGGUGGGGUCCAGCACUGCCGAUCUCUCCUCCUCCUGCCCCAGAGCUUUGGGAAACAGUCUAUCUCACCAAUAAAGCAGUGAACACUGUUAUCUCACCUUCUGUGUGUUUCGGCUCAUGUACCUUCGGGUGAGCUGGACGAGAGAAGGACGUGAACUUCGACCUUCUCUCCAUUCCCAAAAAUUCAGCCCCUGGGAUUGUGUUCCUGCAGGAGUGUGCGUGAUGUGUACAGGAGUGUCCCGUACCCUCAGGAGCUGCAUGAAUAGAAACCUGCAAUGGUGACCAGGCUUGUGGCCAGUCCCUUGUCCCAUCAGGUCGACAUUCUCUGGCACUGAGAUCUAUUCAUUGCACUGUCUGUGGGUGAACAAUUGCUGUGUGGCGACCUAUCAGAUCAGACCCCCCUCCUGCAAACUGCCACCCUUCUCCACACCCUGCCCCUUUCCUGACUUCAGGCACAAGGGACAGUAGGAGCAGGAUUUGGCCACUCUGCUCUGAGCCUGCUCUGCCCUUUGGCUGUGAUUUCACUGGUCUGAUCUUGGCUUCUACCCCACUCAGGUGGCCCUUCCCCAUAACCCCUGCCCUCCACAACUCACUGGGGAGGGGGUGGGGGGGAGGACUGCAAAGACCCUCUGAGAGAUGAAAUUCCUCCUCAUUUCUGUCUUAAAUGUCUCAACCCCACACCCUAGUUUGACAUACCCCCACAAGGGGAAAUACUCUGAGCAUCCAUCCUGUUGAGACCCCACAACAAGGGGGAGGGGGGUGGUGGGAGGGGUGAGCAAAAGAAAGAUACGGAGCUUAAAUCCUUCAUCCUACCUUGCACUGAAGCCACUUUGGAAGUGCUGGACUCUUUCAGUGAGGGUCUGGAGAUCCCCACUGGACAAUGUCCAGCUUCCUUCCUUGCUGUAAGCACCAGGUUAAGAAGCCCUGACUUUGCUGUUGACCCUUCCAUACAUCUCGCCCUUGGAGGCCAGAAAUGAGUCUGCCCCAGAGAAUGAUAUUCUUGACUUUAUUCUGUGGACCCCUUUGCCAUGGGACAUACACUGAGGAGGUGGAACUCAAACUCAAAUGGUGCUCUCUGCUGCAGCCUGUUACACAGGAACCUGAGACCAUUCAGCCCCUUGGCUCUGUUGCACAGGAACAGGAGGAGGCCCUACCAGGAGGAACAUCCAGCUUCUCAAGGGUUGAAUGGGAACAGGAGGAGGCCAUGCAGUCUGGCAAGGCUGUUAUGCAGGAGCAGAAAGAGGCCAUCCAGCCCCUUGUACAGAUCAGGAGGGGCUAAUUCAGCCCCUUGAGCAGGCACAUGUAAUCCCUCAAACUUCUCUCUCGUUAUCAGCUGAUCUACAUCCCAACCCAACAAUUCACAAUCUCAUGAUCAGGCUGAGGGGGGGGGGCCAACCACAAAGUUUUGAAGUCUGCAGGUGGGACAGGAGUGGUGGUGGGGAUGGAGGGAGAUGUGGCCUGGUGACAUAGAGACAAAAUAUUACCCACAGGUGGUAAAAACAGAACAGCAGAGUUUUGUUUCAAACAGAAAGAGAUUGGGAAAUAUUGAUGUUCGAAAGGACCUGGGUACCUUUGUCACUGUAAGCCAAUGUGUAGGUGGAGUGGACAGCUUGGAAGGCAAAUGAUAUGUUGCCCUUUAUUACUAGAGGACUUCAGUGCAAGACUUUUACAAUUGUGUAGACCCAGGGUGAGACAAAACCUGUAUUGUGCGCACUAUCGGUGGUCUCAUAUUUAACACAGAAGGAUACACUUGCUGUUGAAGGAGUGCAGCUAAGAUUCACUAGACCGGUCCAAGCAUGGUUGGUCUGAAAGAUUGUGUAGGCUGAGCCUGUAUUCUUAAGAGUUUGGAACAAUGAAAGGUGACAUUAUAGAGAUGUAAAAAAAAAUAUUCUUGGAGGGCAGGUACAAGGGGGGAUGUUUCCCCCAGGGGAAUGUUACAGCCUCAGAAUUGGGGGUAAGCCAUCUGUGACUGGCAUGAGAAAUAAUUACUUCUUUGGAAGGCUGUGCAGUUUCAGUCAUUAUGUUCAAACCGGAUGAAUAUCGGAGGAUGUGGGGACUGGGGAGGAAACUGCUGCUGAGGUAGAAGAUCAGCCCUGAUCUUGUAGAAUAGCAGAGCAGGUUCAACGAACUGAAUGGUUUUAGCCUGCUCGUACUUCUCCUGUUCCAACAAAGCCACAAAACUUGUUCCAAAUCUAUUAACAUUCUCAACAAUCUGAAAUCAAACAAAAAGUAAUGGGAAUACUCAGCAAGUCAGGCCUCAGAGAGGGUGAACCCCAUCGAUGGCCUUUCAUUGGCACUCAGAGGCUCCCCCGCCGUGAAUUGACAUAACGUGGUCACAGGGAGAACUGGUUUCUCUUCAGCAACUUCGUAUGAUGCCGCUUCUAUUGGUGUAUAUAUAUCAGUGUUCUGCUGGCAUUUUCCCAAAAAUAAACCAUUACAACUUUGACAACA